GGUGAGAUUGGAAUCAUGGCAAGUCCAGAGACUGAUGCCCAAUUCCAGUUCACUGGUAUUAAAAAAUAUUUCAACUCUCAUACUCUCACAGGUAGAAUGAAUUGCGUACUGGCCACACACAGAGGCAUUGCUUUGAUGAUCUUAUACUUCAAGUUAAGGUCUAAAAAAACUUCAGCUAUGAAAGAAACAAACAUAAAUGAAUUCUAA